AUGGAGAACGAGGUCUGGGCGGGAAAGAUCCUAAUUGCCGGUGAUGUUAUUGUGCCCGAAGGGAAAACGCUGACUAUCCGAUCCGAUUCCGUUGUCGGUUUUGACCCGAUAACCGGUGUCCAUCAAUUGAUUGUCCGUGGAUCGUUGUAUGCGGAAGGUGAACCAGACCGUCAGAUUAUAUUUGGUUCUCUCGGAACCGAGACGGAAAUGCCCAAAACCGGCGAUUGGGUCGGUAUCCGAUUUGAAGAGACAAGUCUCAACUCUCGUCUGAGUUACUGCCGUAUUCAGCAUGCUGACACGGCACUCUCCUCUCAAUCCGAUGGAUUACAGAUUGAAAGCUGUCUGUUAAACAAUAACAAACUGGCAAUUCUUUGUGACGAUGGUUCUCCAAUGAUAAGCGACAACGAGAUUAACAAAAAUGGCACAGCGAUCAAAUGCCUCAAAAGUGCGUCCCCAGAAAUCACCCGCAACUCAAUUCAAGCAAAUGAGUUCGGGGUUGUCUGUGAUGAUGAUUCCCGACCGAUGAUUCAUUACAACGAAACUCGCCAGCAACUACCAACACGCUGUUGUGUGUUACGCCUCCGCUUCGCCGGAGAUAGUCUCCAACAACAUCAUUUUGAAUGGGGGAUGGGCGGUAUAUGA